GUAGUUGUACAUCUAUUAAAUAAAUUAGGUACACUUUUAGGAAGAUCGAAUGAAGAAGUAAGAAAUCUAGCUAAAUAGUCAUGGCAAGUGAUGGGAGUUCAGGUUGUCCUUGUUUCUUCAAACUCAUACUUGAACUUCGACUUGAUCUCCAUAAAUUGGAAAUUCCAAGGAAAUUCAUGAGAACUCAUGGAAGUAAUCUUUCAAAUGUCAUAUACCUAAACAUUCCAUCCGGUAAAGUAUGGGAAUUCGACUUGGUCAGAGAAAAUGGCAAGACUUUCUUGCAAAAGGGUUGGCCAGAAUUUGUCAAGUUCUACUCAUUGAAUGAUGGACAUUGCUUAUUGUUCAAGUAUGAAGGGGAGUCUCGUUUCGACGUCGUAAUUUUCGACACGAGCACUUCCGAGAUCGAGUACCCGCUCGGUCCCAAAGCAUGCCCAAAAUUGACAUCAUGUGACAUCAUGUGAUAUCGUGGUUUGAAUUGUUAACUAAUAUGUCAACUAAAUUGGGAUGGAGCUGAAAAAGUUACGUGAACAUCCUUUUACAACUACUGGUCCCAAAGCAUGUCGGGAAUUGAUAUCAUGUGAUAUCGACAUAUCGUAGUUUGAAUUAUUAAUAUGACAACUAAAUUGGGAUGGUAGGAUUUAUGUAACAUCUUUUUUGAACUACCGGUAUGUGUACUCCGUACUCCGUAGUAGUGAACUUAACUCAAUAGGUUCUAAUUAAGAUUAGUAUUAUCAUAUUUGUGAUGUUGUGAUCCAUCUUAAUUUGCACUUCAAGAAAACCAUGUCUUGUAAUAUGGUAAUUGUAGUAGCAAAUAAGUUAAGUUUAAUUGUCAUGCCUAGGAGAUAUGGUAAUUGUAGUAGCAAUUGCAAUUAUUUUCUCUCUUGUGGCGAUGAGCCUUUUUCUAAUAUCA